AUGCUCAAAGUGCACGAAUUCUUUUCAGUGGCCAUUUAAUUAGCUUACAAUUCAGCUAAAAUUAUCAAUUCAGUCAGAUUGUCCAAAGAUAUUGGUCAGAAAUGGAAAGGGGUUGAUGAUCCUGUCACCAUAGCUGAUAUAUAAGCACAAACAUACAUAGUUUAAUAAUUGCAUAGACAUUGGUAUUAGUGUUGGAUUAACCAAGGCCUAAGUUAACUAUAAUUGGAGAGGAAUCCAUUUCGUAUACUCAACCCAUUGAUUUGCCUGAUACUCAUCUCUAAUUGUAUGAUGAGGAUAUUUUCAAUAAAACACAUGAGAGUCAUCUGAUCAGAACACAAUAUGAAAUUGAUGAUCUAUGUGUUUGGGUUGAUCCUCUGGAUGGCACAUUAGACUUUGUCAAAGGCGAUUAUGAAAAUGUUACGACAUUGAUUGGAGUUUCCUAUAAAAAAUAGGCCUUGAUGGGAAUCAUCUCACAACCUUUUAUUAAAGUGCAAGAACCUCAAAACUCACAUGAAUUCAGACCCAAAAUCUACUUUGGUCAUCAUCCACAGCAAAGAGUGUUCUACACAUAUGAUUGCUCCUCAAAAAUUCCAUAAGAAUUGAAGAAACCCCAAUUUGACCCAUCGAAUGUGAGAUUGUGUACUCAGAGGAACAGGUUGAGCAAUCAAGAAUUGCAGAAGAUCAAAUCUUUGGGUUGCUCAUUGUAUCAGGUGGGAGGAUCAGGGAAAAAGAGUCUUACUGUUCUGGAGGGUGAAACUGACAUGUUCAUUUGUUUGGGCGUAGGAAUGAGUAAAUGGGAUAUUUGUGCUCCUGAAGCAUUGUUUAAGACAUUUGGUGUAAGAGCUUAAAUUGUAUGAUAAGGGAGAUUUCGUUGGAUUGGCUGGUUAACAUUAUGAAUACAAUCCCAAAGAUAAAUCCUUUGACAAUCCUUAUGGAAAUUUAUCAAGCAUCCAUUCAGAAUUGCUGCAAAAAUACUUACCUAAAACUUAUGGCAUGUUAUGA